AUGAAUCAAAACUUCCAGGGCGCGCCUGAUCGGGAAGAUAUCAGGCUGUUGGAUCAGCUUCGUAGUCAAUUGAUGCCGAUGAUCAAGACUAUGGAUCGAUUGCAGGCGGAGAUGCAGUUUAAGAUGAGCCGCGGAGAAGCCGUAGAUUGGCCACAAAUUCACCGAACGACACAGCUGGUAACAUCUUACCUAAAUUCGAUACAUCUUCUUAUAAACGGCGGCUACCGUCAUCAAUCCAAACUCAUCACCCAGAAACACCACGUCCCUUCAAAGGACGCCGCUGGUAACCCUGUGGUAGACAGCGCCGGCAAUGCGGUCCUCGUUGAGCGCGACGUCCGCCGGAGAAUGACCAGCAUACAGGCCUUACACCCCAACACAGCAAAGUUCGAGGCUCUUCAUCCGUUUCCUAACCCUUCAUUUCCAAUGAACGCUGGUGGCGGCAUGGCGGCGGGUAUGGCAGGUACCUUGCUACGAAAGAGGCUAGAGCCCAUGGAAGAGGGCUGGGUAGAAGAACGUAUCCGCAAAGCAUCAGAAUGGUGUUUCGUGCCUGAAGAAUGGGGCAUUGGUCCUCGGAAGCCUGACGCAACAGGUGCGACAAAGCAAGACGCAACCGAAGACGAAGACGACGAAGAUCAAGUCCCAGAGUCGGAACGUCUCGACUCGGAAGCUAUACCGACUACCCGGGUCAAGAACCCACUAUCUGCAGACGAGAUUGUCGAUUUAUGGAAACAUGCGCAUCAGGAAGUCUUUGACCAAAAGUAUCUGAGGCAGAAAUACCCAACUAGUUACCCUGAUCCAGGUGCUCAGGACGCGGGUGAAGGCGAGGAAGAGGAGGAAGAAGGCGACGAGGAGGAAGAAGAAGAAGAGGAAGAGGAGUUUGAGGAUGUCAUGGAUACUUCUGGUGGGGCGGAAACAGCAGGACAGGAUGGGGUAAAAGCAAAGAUGGUGAAGAAAAAGGUUACAGUAGGGAAGCUGCCGGUACAUGAGCCGGUGGAUGGUGUACCGGUGCUUUCGCUUGGGUUUGCGCACAAGUUCUCGGAAAUCGGUGAGGUGUAG